ACUUUCCUCUCCGGAAACACUAGAGUCGUCAAUCGACAGCAUCGAGUUCCCGGUCCGAUCAAAGAAAGGAACACGAUCUAGACUCUGAUCCGGAUUCAUCGAACUAUUAAUCCACUGAUCUGAAAAUAUAAAAGCCUACCGACAUCUCGACCUUCUGAACAGUUGCACUCCGACGCAUGAACAAUGUCGAAGGUUUUGGUAAGGCAACCGUCAAAAAAAAGAUAAAGAGAAGGACGAUUUGAUUUUUGUAGCAAGCGAAAAAUUGAGUUACUAUUAACGACAUUUCUUCAUGUUACAGUUAAUCCUGACAAUUCUGUGUGGUUCCGUUUUGACGGAGCAACCUACGGAAGAUACGAAGCAAAGGAAACGAGGUAUCCUGGGCGGUAGCGAUGGAUGGAUCGGUAUGCCGAAUCCAUAUUCUUACGGAAACGGACAACCAUGGGCAAAUAAUCAUAAUCCAUGGAAAAGUAUUAAAUUCGCGAAUAUCAAUUUACACCAUGAAGGAUGGAACGGAUUUGGAAAUUAUGGAAGGGGAAGUUUCGCUUUAGCAUCCGGAACGGGCCAUGAACCAUUAGUGAAGACACUUCCUGUAUAUAUAACGAAACAUGUGGUCUUGGAAAAAUCAGUUCCGGUUCCGGAACCAGUUUACAUAGAGAAACCAUAUCAUAUACCGGUAGAAAAGGUGAUUCCGGUACCGAUCGAGAAAAUUAUUCACAAACCGAUACCUGUACCUGUACCAGUUCCACAGGCAGUUCCAGUUCCCGUGGAACACGCUGUACCAAUACCGGUGAAACAUCCCGUAGCAGUGCCAGUUCAUCAGCCUUAUCCAGUACCGGUGAAGCAAGGAAUUCCGAUACCAGUACCAGUUCCGGUUCCAGUACACUCAUUGUAUGCUCCGAUAUUACCUGGUCCAAUUUACGAUAGAGGUUUUCCGGCCGGUCCCUUUUAUACGUCGUUACACGAUCAAGCGCACUUUGGUCAUGGUUUUGUCGGACACGGUUAUGCUCAUGGAGUUGGUCACGGUUUCGGUUUAGGGCAUGGCUAUGGUGGUCACGGCUAUGGUGGUUAUGGCUAUAGUGGCCACGGCCAUGGAGGUCACGGUUAUGGCCAUGGCUAUGGGUACGGAUCGUAUGGAUACGAUCACGCUCGUCAUUACGGCCAUGGUUUUGGCCAUGAACGUAAAGAAAAACGAAGUAAAAAUUAAAGUAAAUCAUAAUAGUAGGGACGAUAUAUUAUUCUUAAUAUAAUUUCAAUUAAAAUGUUCAACAAGUGAAGUCUUAACUCUUGCAAAU